AUGAUUUGUCUUUUUCGAUUAAAACUUGUGCAUUCAUUUGUGGAGCGAACAGACGACGAUCAUCCAAAUUUUCUACUUCAAACAACAAAAUGUCGCAACAUGCGUAAAAUCCAUUGGCGCCGAGCUCCUCGAUCAUCUUUGGCUAUUUCCAUCGCUCUGAUAUGCUUCGUCACCUUCACGAUCGCGUUUCACAUGAGACAAGAAAGUAUGAUCUCAUUCAUCUAUCAUUCAUCACCCGAUUGUGAUCAAUCGAACAGCAACGCUUCAGCUCAGUUAUCAACCAUUCCACCAUACUAUUUGUUGGUUCCAUAUCACGAGUUUACAAUGCGAACAUCGAUCUCAUGUCGAUCAUAUAAACUCGCUGAACCGAAAAAGGAUCUUUCGAAGUUCCAUCCUCGACAUUCUCAACACCUUCGAGGAUCGUUUGUAUUAGUCACUCCACAUUCUAAUAUCACCUUCGAUGAUAUCGACAAUUUCUAUCAAAAGACUCUUCCUAUGAACACUAACAACAAAACAAAACCUCUGCAAACACCAUUCACUACGAAUGUGACAUUUGAGAACAUCCCCUAUGAAUACAAAAACGGACUGUGGCAUCCUGUCGGAGUGAUCUCAGCUCAACGAACUGCCAUACUGAUUCCAUUACAAGGACGCGACUUCAAUGCCAAGGCAUUCAUCUUCAACAUCCACGCAUUCGCUCGGCGACAGCUUCUCACAUACACAGUUCUCCUCGCCGAACAGAUACAUCCACGAAGUGACCGAUUCAACAAGGGUCGUUUACUCAAUGCUGGUGUUCGCUAUAUCGAAAAUCAGAGAUCGUUGAACAUCACCUGUCUCAUUUUACAUGAUGUGGACUUGAUUCCAGAGAAUGAUGGCAACUACUAUGUCUGUGAGCCUACUCAUCCAAAGCACACAACUGUACGUGUUCGUCAAAUCGGUAGCAAGCGUGGCUAUUCACGUUACUACGAGUUUUUGAUUGGUGGAGUGUUGUUGUUAACACCAGACAUGUACCGACAGGUGAAUGGAUUUUCGAACUUGUACUGGGGUUGGGGUGGUGAAGAUGAUGAUCUAUCGCUAAGAAUGAUCCAACGACGUGUGUGUGUCGUACGACCUGUCGAUGCUGUUACUGUGUAUGCUGCUCUUCCUCAUCCACAUGGUCAUCGGAAUGAUGCUCGUUUCAACCUGUUAGCAUGGUCAACUGUUCGAAUGGAUGGUGAUGGGUAUAAGCAGAUCGAUUCGCUGGUAGAGAUUGUUGAUGUGAAACAACAAUCGAGUGUGAUUCAUUUAAAAGUGAAUGUUGAUGUCGAAGGAAGUGAACGUCGACCGUCUUCGUUGAAUGAAAGUGAUGAAAGGAUAUCUGCAGGAAGUGAAGCAAGUACAGCAUCUCGGAACGGCACGUAA